AUCUCAGGACCUGCCUACCAUAGACGAUAGAUUUACCAAUUCGUUCGUUCAACUUAUAAUUCUCUCUCCCUCCCUUCCUUUCGGUAGCUUAGAUAGCUUGGUACGGGGACGACAAUAACAAAAACGAUGCUCUACCAACAACGACAAGCAAGAUUCAAUCAUCCUCCGCUAACGCCUAGUCUUUGCUUCACCACCAGCGCAUUAAAAGGUUCCGUCCACACACUCUCAGACCCCGAAGCUACCCGCCCCACUAACAAACCCAAUAAUCCCCAGAAUUCCUCCGCCUCUCAAGAUCCUCAAUAGAUGACAGCAUAAGCCAAAACCUCAACGCCCUCUCCACACCCUCGAAGCCACCUUUCGACCCAACCACGACUGUAACCCGCUACCCACCAUCCACCACCCGACGCCUCCCCGUGCAGGCGUGCCGCGCCUUCGCGGAGCAAAUCCUCCUCCCGUCAUGGCAGUCUCGCUCUGACGUCCUCAAUUACUGCGCCUCCGUUGCGACGAGUGAUGACCCUAACGAUCCGGACUCCCUGGUCAGGCUUGCGGAGGGCGCGGUUGAUAGGGAGCGUGUGGUGGACGAGCGGUUGGAUCCUUAUUCCGGGAGAUUCUUUCCCAGGGAGAGCAGGACAGAGGUGCUCGCUCAGAUUAUACGCAACGAGAGGACGGUGGAGAACAUUGUUAGGGAGAGGUCAUGGAGGGUUGUUAGGGAGAGGUGUAGCGAGUUUGGAGCCCUUGACGAGGAUUGGAGGGAGGUGUUAGAUGCUUGGAGAACGAGGAACGGGAACUGUCAGGCUUUACUUGCCUCCCGAGAGAAUUAGGUCCCAGUGGGGGGUUACCGACGUAGUUGGGAAAAAGGAUAAAGAGAGCCUCCUUGUAGAUAGUGGCUUUGUUUCUUGGGGUGUUGCUGGCAUUGUAUAGAUUUUCUGUUGGGUGGGCGUUGUUGUAUCAUUAGAGGGUAGGGUUUUUCUCCACUCAUUGUCUAUGCUUAAUAUAAAAGUUUGAUGUUUGAUAAAGCUCUUGGACAUAGAUCAUGGUCGGCCAGUCAUUGCACCCCCUUGGAAGCACAGCAAUCCGCAUUAGGAUAUCUAAAGGGAAGAACCCCCGUGCAAUAUUACACCUUCCACGUCAACCCUCCCGUGAAACAUAUACUCACAAGUAGUCAAGGACCUG